AUGGCAGUGUUUUCUGUCCUCGCUGGCCUCUACAUGUACUACAUUUGUAACUUUUCAGAAGAAGGACCGAGUACCACCUGUACGGAGGAGUCCUGCUACCAUCAGGGGGUAUGUCUCCAACAGUGGGAGGGCUUCACCUGCGACUGCACCAUGACGUCCUAUGGGGGAUCCUUCUGCAACGACCGUGAGUACUCGAGUACAGUUCCGAUAGUGUGA